CUCAAAUUUUUAUCAUCGAAAUCCCUCGCCUUCCUUCCCUCUCUUCGUUUUCCAAUAUCUCCUUCCCCAUUUGAAUUUUGAUGCCAAUUUUGCCUUACCAGAAAUUUACUAAAUUUCUUUUUUUUCCUUUCAAAAAUUCAUAAAUUCCCUUCAUAUCCCAAACCUUCUCCCUCGCCUUACUUCCCCUUACUCCUUUAGGGUCUGCGAUGUUUCACUCAAUAUGAAUCCGAACUCUGCAAUUUGCUUCUGAUUCGUGUUCCGGAGUCUUCGAUUCGCUGCAAGACUCCGUGAAUUGCGUUUCUUUCACUUCAAUUUUAACUAUCUCUCGCUGCUCUGCGGUCUGAGAUUUUUUUAGGGUUUCUGAGUGUGAGCUCGAUUUUUCUUUCCCCCUUCGUAUGUUUCUGUUUGACUGCCGAGAAAACGUGGCAAAAGGAGGGAAAAUUCGUGGGUUCUUGCGGGAAUGCGCUCACGGGUAGAUUAAUAUGAGAGUUGAAGAAAAAGCUGAGUGAUAUGAGGGUUUGAAUAUGAGCCAUGGAGAUGCGGACAGUAGCAGCAGAGUGAAUCAACCAAGUAGCGAUGCGCCAAGGAGAACAGGAGGUGGAGGAGGAGCUGAUGAGUUUGGCCGGGCCUUGUCGACAGUUGCGGUGGCGCAGAUAUGCGAGAGCGUUGGGUUUCAGAGCUUCAAGGAGUCUGCUUUGGAUUCCCUUGCCGACAUUGCCAUCAGACACCUCCGUGACCUAGGGAAGAUGUCGAGUUUUUACGCCAACUUGGCGGGUAGAACGGAAUCCAAUGUGUUUGAUAUUAUUGGGGCGUUGGAGGAUUUGGAGUCGUCGCAAGGGUUUUUGGGUGCUGCCGAGGUGGGUCAUUGUUUUGCAAAGUCUGGGAUUGUAAGAGGCAUUGUUGAGUAUGUGGGUUCGGCUGAAGAGAUCCCGUUUGCACAGCCAUUGCCUUGGUUUCCGGUGAUCAAACAACGGAAAUUGAUCCCAAAUUUCGAACAGAUGGGGGAGGCUCCGCCAAGUAAGCAUUUGCCCAAUUGGUUGCCGGCUUUCCCUGAUCCACAUACUUACAUCCAAACACCAAUGUGGAAUGAAAGGAAGACCGAUCCUCGAGAAGAUAAGAUCGAGCAGGCUAGGCAGAGGAGGAAGGCUGAGAGGUCUCUGUUGAGUCUGCAGCAGAGGUUAUUGUGCAAUGGUGAGGCUUCUGGUUCAGGAGAAGCCUCUGCAGCAGUGGCAUUGAGGGGCGGCAGCGGCAGCAGUAAUGAUGCAAAGGGAUUGUUAUUAUUACAGGGGAACGAGAGUGAUCAAAGUAAUCCAUUCCUUGAACCGCCAAUCCAGCCGGGGGAGAAAGAUGUAUCAGUAUCCCAAGUAGUUUUGCCAUCCAGGUUUUCAGACGAAGUGGCAAAAGGGAACAAUGCGGGUUCUUCCCUUUUGGAUGCGUUUGCGCCCGCCAUUGAAGCGGUGAAAAGCGGGGCGUGGAUGGAUGGAGACGAUGAGAGGAGACAGCUUCUUCCCGAAACCAGGCCGUCAGUGAAUUUCAAGUUCAGAAGCGGGAAGAAGUUUCUGGGGCAACCUUCGGAUCUGAGCCUGCAACAGAAGGGUUCCGGAAGACCAGCAUAUUGGUUCGGGCGAGACGAGGAGAGGGAUGACAAGAAGAGGAGAGCAGAGUUUAUUCUUAGACAGUCGAUGGAAAACCCACAGGAACUCACUCAGUUGUAGAUUAAUUUGAUUGACUGGUUUUCUAGGGAUUUAGGAGUGGUAUUUUUAUGUACUCUGUUGUUCUGCAAGUAGAAUCUAGUUAGAGGUAAUGUGAAUGAUUCUUUCAAUUUCCAUGCUUUCUUGAGAACCAAUUUUUGAAGUUGUUGUUUUGGGGUAUUAUUUUUUCCCCACCAUCUGAGAUUUGUAUUGACACAUUGAAUUCGAAUAUUGAGUUGAUCGGCGCAAAUUAUGUGCU